GCUUAGCAGCAGAAUUUUCUCAGCUGGAAACCCCCAGAAGACAAUUGUUCAUUUCCACGCCGAAAUGAAUGGAAAUAUAAAAGUUUCCGUUAGAGCAAGACUUGCCGCCAAACGCUGACAAAAAAUACAAAUUGAAUUAAGUGCCCGUGGUGGUUCUCCAUGAAAAUCUUGGGGAUUCGGUGGCUCAAAUCUCGAGUCUUAGCCAAAGCCGCCGCGUGACUGAUCUCUUUCGCGAUCUGCUGGUCGGCAAAUGCACAAAGCUUCGGCUCUCGGCCGUCGAAAGGGGCGUGUGUGCUCUCCCUCUCCGCCGCUCUUUGGGCCGAGAUUUGUCAGAAUAUUUCUCAUGUUGCGGGUAUAAAUAACAGGGCUACUUGAGACGUCUAAGCAUAACACAUUCAGCUCUUCGGUCAAGAAGUCCAAGCAACACCAAACCAGCAAAAUGUUCAAACUGAUUGCCCUCGUAUCUGCCCUGUGCGCCGUGGCCAAUGCCGGAGUGAUCUCGCCCUACAGCCAUGGAUACGGACUGGGAUACGGAGCUGCCUUGGCUCCGGCUUAUGCCGCCCCGGCCGUGAUCUCGCACGCCCCGAUCAUCAAGAGCUACGCCGCCCCCAUUCUGGCCCACCCGGUGGCCACCUCCUAUGCCAACACCUACAAGGUGGCCACCAAGGCCAUCCCAGUGGUCCAUGCCGCUCCCCUGGUGCACGCCGCUCCUCUGGUCCAUGCCGUGCCUGCCCUGCACUCCACCUCCACCUACCACGGAUCCUAUGGCGGUUACGGUAGCUACGGUCUGGGAUACUCCGGCUACGGUCACGGAGCCUACCUGCACUAAGGAUCUGGAUGUCGGAAAGGAUACCAGCCCCGUUGACGACCCCGAUUGAAGUGAGAACAUUCAGCGGAUAAUUCGCAUUUUGCUGCCGUCAAAGUGUUGAAUUUGCAUUUCGUAGUCAGAGGCGGAAAUACAAAUUGUGUACAAAAAUCCUCAAAACCCAGACACCCACUUGGAGACAGAGACAACUAGAUAACUAAGGACAACUAAUGGGAGGCGGCGAGAGCGAGAGAUAUUGAUGAAGGAUCAAGUUUCGUUGAUUUUGUUAUUAUGGUGCAACUCCAUGC